GCCCCCUGGCGUUCAAUGGGCGCGCUUGCAGACGCGCGGGCACAAACUCUCUCGCGCGGGCACGUCUCCGUCCAAUCAAGUUACAGCGCGAGCACCAGUCAGAUGGACGGAGACAGCGGGACCACGGACGCUACUCAGUUAGGAAUAACAGGAGAGUUUAUGACUGGAGGGACAUAUGUCUUACAGACCCAGGAUGAUGAUGGGGAAGAAAGUUUCAAUGACCAUGACGAUGGAAACGGAGGCAAAGACCACUUCAGAGAGCAAGACAUUUACCUCCCUAUUGCCAAUGUGGCUCGCAUCAUGAAGAAUGCCAUCCCGCAAACUGGAAAGAUUGCGAAAGAUGCAAAGGAAUGCGUUCAGGAGUGUGUGAGCGAGUUCAUCAGCUUCAUCACGUCCGAAGCCAGCGAACGAUGCCAUCAAGAGAAGCGCAAGACCAUAAACGGAGAGGACAUCCUGUUUGCAAUGUCCACGCUGGGGUUCGAUAUGUAUGUGGAGCCCCUUAAACUCUAUCUACAGAAGUUCAGAGAGGCAAUGAAGGGUGAAAAAGGCAUCACUUCAGUAACAGGCGCAGAGGGCCUUGGAGAAGAGCUCACGGAGGAUAGUUUCACUGGUCAGCUUCCAGCAGGAUUGAUCACUGCAGAUGGUCAGCAGCAGAAUGUGAUGGUGUACACCACCUCCUACCAGCAGAUCCCUGGUGUUCAACAGAUACAAUUCACAUGACUUAAGGAGUGGACCUUGUCCAUUGGCCUGUCCAGAUACAAACUAAUCUCAUUUGCAAAGUUUUCGGGUCAGUGCUGGAAGACCAAGAGGUGCCUGGUUACCAUAGCAGGGGAAAAAGUGCCUGUUGCCAGAGUUCCUGAUUUGUACAUUCACGUUAGACAUGUCUUGGUAAUUUUAUUCAGUAUUAUAUUCAGGCCAAUUUGUAUUCGUAGGUUUGCUGAAUGUCAUUUGGUGCAGGCCACACUAAAUUAUGAGUCAUUAUUUGUUCCUUGUAUUUAAUCAUUUUUAGAGUUUGGGAAGGGGCAGUGGGGAAACAUGAAGGCCAGAUGGACAAUUUACAUCUUUGACGUUGAGAGUUACGGAGAUUCUCAUUUAAUGUCUGUUUGAACCUCAUGUGAUUUGUCAUUGUAAUGUUGAAUCUUUUCUUAAUAAACAUGUUUGGAUGUUG